GAUUUUGAAUAACAAUUGACGAGUGAUUGAGUUGGUGCGGCAGCUGAAGAAACCACAGUUGUAAUAUUAUUAGACUUACAAUCUUGAAUUUUCUGACUAAUUUUGCAAUCCCUUACUGUGUCUGUGUAAGUUUAACGUGAAGAUGAGAGCAUUGUCCCUCUUACGCAAAUGUUGUAAACAACCAUUGCCAUUUCCUACUUUCACUUUCGCUCCUUUCUCCACUUCUAAGGUUAACAUCUUCGAUCGCGAACUAAAGCGCAAACAGCGCGACCGAGCUGCAUGGUUGAUGCCCUCAAACGACCCUUUACUUCAUACUGUUUCUGAAAAUCUAUUGGAUCGCUUGCAGGACUGUAAGAAGACUUUUCCAACAGCGUUAUGUUUGGGAGGCUCUUUGCAAGCUAUCACGCGCUCACUUCGCGGUCGUGGUGCCACUGAAAAGCUUAUUGUGAUGGAUGCGUCCUAUGAGAUGGUACAAGCUUGUAAAAAUGCUGAUGAUGCGUCAGAUGAUGAUACCUUUGAGACAGUUUUUCUGGUUGGUGAUGAAGAAUUCUUGCCUAUCAAAGAAAGCUCUGUGGAUUUGGUUAUAAGCUGCUUGGGGCUACACUGGACUAAUGAUCUGCCAGGAGCAAUGAUACAGUCUAGAUUGGCAUUGAAACCUGAUGGCUUAUUUUUAGCAGCUAUUUUUGGAGGAGAAACGUUAAAGGAGCUCAGAAUAGCUUGUACAGUGGCACAAAUGGAGCGUGAAGGAGGGAUCAGUCCCCGACUAUCACCUUUGGCACAGGUUCGAGAUGCUGGGAAUCUUUUGACUAGGGCAGGCUUCACUCUUCCAGGCGUUGAUGUUGAUGAGUAUGUAGUUAAAUAUGAAAGUGCUCUGGAGCUUAUAGAACAUCUCCGUGCAAUGGGCGAAACAAAUGCUCUUUUUCAAACGAACACUAUCCUAAAGAGGGACACAGCCUUAGCAACUGCAGCUAUUUAUGAUUCAAUGUUUGCUGCAGAAGAUGGCACUGUACCUGCAACCUUCCAGGUUAUAUACAUGACCGGGUGGAGUGAACAUCCUUCUCAGCAGAAAGCAAAAAGAAGGGGAUCAGCCACUAUAUCUUUCAAGGAUAUUGAGAAGCAAUUUGCAAACCAGAGUUGAUGAUUUUUUUUAGCUUCCCCUUGAUUUUGACUAGGGACAUUUAUGUUUAAUUAAUGUAUUGAGGCCAUCAUAUGCAUGAGUACUCCUAAAUGGUUGUCAUACCCAUAAUGGGUACAUAUCCAGUAUAGGUACACAUGGGUAGGUACGUACCUAGUAUCUUUUCCCCCCUUCCAAAUUUCACUUUCAAAUACCUUUGGCUGCAUCUUGGUCAAGCAUUGCAAUGAGUCAACAUCACCCAAGUACAAAUCAGUUCAUGCAAAAUACCAAAUUUUGCUACUAACUUGUUUG